CUUUUAAUAAAGAGUUAAAAGACCACCUUGUCAUUGAUUACCAAAGGCGUCAUAGAACAAGAUAGUCUUCAUUGGAAACCUUAAUCUCCAAGUCAUUAGUUGACAUAACUGAGUCUUACUGGAAUGGAUUUGAUUUUAUAUUAAAGACUUGAGUAUCCAGGUUAGAACUUGUAAAUGACCAGAUGGAGAGGCCGGAAGCCGCUGAGCUUGAUGAAACUGCGGGGCAGUCGGCUCCGCUGACGACGGCCAUUGGAACGACACAGAAUCAAGUUCGUCCAAACAUUCAACCUGGUAAUUCACUCGAUCAUUCUACUGAUCUGGUGGUCGAGAGUUUGGUGAUUGGAGAGCCAUGGACAACAGGAUUAUUCGACUGCCAUGAACAACCAACAAAUGCGAUCAUGGCAUGCUGUUGCCCCUGCGUGACAUUCGGACAGAUAGCAGAAGUUUUGAAUGAUGGAGAAUAUUCUUGUCUUCGAGGGACUUUCAUUUACGCGUUGUUGAUGCCUGCUGCGUGCACUCAGUGGUUCAUGGGAUCGAAGUACAGAACAAAGCUGAGGAAGAAAUAUAACUUGGUUGAGGCUCCAUAUACAGAUGAUAUCUCCCACUUAUGUUGCCCUUGCUGCUCUCUUUGUCAGGAGUUUAGAGAGCUCAAGAACAGAGGACGUAAUCCUGAUUUAGGAUGGAAUGGAAUCCUCGCUCAGCGACAAGCACAGAAGAAUCAAGGGAGGGCUCCUCCUGCAAACCAAGUCAUGUCCAAGUAAAAUCAAGAUUUCUAAUGGAAGCAUUGAAUUUGUCUAAACAUUGCAUCUCAUGUUUUAAUUACUUGCCAGUUUAUAUUAUCAGUAGAACAUUUAUAUAUAUAUGUAUGUAUGUAUGUAUCUGAAUCAAGCCUCAACAGAGACAAAGCACAGAAUAAGAAACAAGAAGAAUAUUUAACCAGUUGGCAGAAUAUAUAUACACAAGGGUGGGUUUCA